AUGGGACAACAAACUGAAAUAUGGACAUUUGUUUUACAAGUAUGUUUUGCUGUGGUUGGUUUGAUUAGCAAUGGUUACAUCACCAUCCUAAAUGCAAAAGUCUUGAUUAAGGUGAGACGCCUGUCUAUGUGGGAAAACCUGGUCACCACUCUGAGUUUUACUAACCUUUGUCUCCAGAUCACUAUGGCAUUUAAUGAUAUUUGGGCUUUUUACUGGCCACAGUUUUAUAUUUUGGAGCGUAUUGCUAAACCGUUCUUUGUAACUGGGCUAUUUCUGGUUUCCUCCAGCCUCUGGAUCUCAACAUGGCUUUGUGUCUAUCGCAGCAUGAAGAUCACAAACAGUCAACACAAAAUAAUCUUGUGGCUGCAGAAACACAUGCCAACAAUUGUUCCCGUGCUGAUCAUUGGGUCAGUCCUUCUUGCAAUGGUGCAAAGUUUCUCAGGGAUAAAUGAUUUGUUCGUUGUGUAUCGGAAUAUGUCAAGCUAUCAAGACAAUGUGUCCAAAAUUGCAGUGGGAUUCGGCAGCAGAUGUUUUUGUACAAUUUGGCUCUAUGUUGAAUUUUCUUCUGAAGCAUUUAUUCUUUUUUUGCUUGCAACAUUGACUAUCCUAAGCUUCCUGUGGAAACAUGUGAGAAAUGUGAAGAGAGGUACAAAUAUUAGGGGGAACCAACAACUUUAUAAAAUAUUCCAAGCAGCCAGAACAGUAACAUUACUUCUUCUCCUGUGUGUUACCUUUUAUGUCGCUCAGUGUCUCCUAUACACAAAUGUAGCUGCGUAUGGGACUCUCCUAAAUACAAUUUCAUUGUUGUUGAUCUCUAUGUUUCCAGCAUUGAAUGCUGUAAUCUUAAUAACAGGCAACCAAAAACUUAAGCAACCGUUGAUUGAGAUUAGCAAAAGGUGGUUUUCUGUAUGUAAUAAUAUUGUGUAA